GAAUUUACAUGAGCCAAAUUUGGGAUUGAGCCCACUACUAGAGUUUGUGCGAGGAAUGACCCAUAUGGCCCAGCUAAUCCGAACUCAAAUUUUCAUGUGGCUCAAACAUUUCCGGUGAGUCAAUCUGUCUGUGACUUCUGUCCCUGUUUUCUAAAACCCUAACAUUGGGUUUAAGCUCUGCACCUAAAACCCAGUCGGUGAAUGAAUCAACUCGGCCAUGGUGAUUUCAAGCUUUGGGAUUGCGUGCCGACCCCAAUUCUACCUCCGUACUCCUCAAUUUCAAUGCAUUAACAAGGUGCAAUUGAACUUAGUCGCGGCCAUGGAGGCGCUUGACGAGCCAGAGGGUCUAUUUAAGGACAAUAAAACCAAUAAUUCAGCUAAUGGAAGAAAUGAUGUCAAGGCGCCGGCGUGGAAGAAGUUGAAUUCCAAAGAGCUUGGGAUUAUUACAUCAAUGAUUGACAAGCCGACCCGAAAGGUUCUUAACGGGCUAAAGCGAAAGGGAUAUGAGGUAUACCUUGUAGGAGGUUGUGUAAGGGAUCUUAUAUUAAAACGCACACCAAAGGACUUUGACAUAAUAACUUCAGCUGAACUCAAAGAGGUGACAAGAACAUUUUCUUGGUGUGAAAUAGUUGGCAAGCGGUUUCCUAUAUGUCAUGUGCACAUUGGUGAUACGGUUGUGGAGGUCUCAAGUUUCAGCAUCUCUGCCCGAAAGUAUGGUAGGAACGUAAGUGCUGAUUUUGGAAAACCAGUUCACUGUGACGACAAGGAUUAUAUUCGUUGGAGGAACUGUUUGCAGCGUGACUUUACAAUUAACGGGUUGAUGUUUGAUCCUUAUGCAAGGAUAGUGUAUGACUACAUGGGAGGAAUGGAGGACAUUCGAAAUGCUAAAGUCCAAACCGUGAUACCUGCAAGUACUUCUUUUCGAGAGGAUUGUGCUCGCAUCCUACGUGCAAUAAGAAUUGCUGCCCGUUUAGGCUUUCGUAUUUCCAAGGAAACAGCUUAUUCUGUUAAAAAUUUAUCUUACUCAAUUCUUAGGCUUGAUAAGGGAAGGCUCCUCAUGGAAAUGAACUACAUGCUAGCUUAUGGUUCUGCUGAAGCUUCUUUGAGGUUAUUAUGGAAAUUUGGACUCCUAGAACUACUUCUACCUAUUCAGGCAGCAUAUUUUGUUAGCCAUGGUUUUCGAAGACGUGACAAAAGGACUAAUAUGCUUUUGUCCCUUUUUUCUAACUUGGAUAAACUUCUUUCACCUGACAAGCCAUGCCACAGUAGCUUAUGGGUUGCGAUCUUAGCAUUCCACAAAGCACUGUCCGAACAACCUAGGGAUCCAUUGGUGGUUGCUGUGUUUAGCCUUGCAAUCCACAAUGGUGGAGAUAUGCUAGAAGCAGUAAACAUUGCUAGGAGAAUCACUAAACUACACGAUGUUAGCUUUAAUGAAUUAUCAGAAACUCAGGAUUUGAACCCUCGAGCAUUGAAAGAUGAGGUUGUGAAUCUUGCAACAUCUCUUAAGCGUGCGCUAAACCAUAUGACUGAUGAGCAAAUAGUCUCUGAGGCGAUGGCAGGGUACCCACAAGCACCAUAUUCUGAUCUGGUAUUUAUCCCAUGGGGGUUAUCUCUGAGGGUCAGCAGGGUUUUUAGUUGCGUAACGUCUGGUGCAGAGAGGGGAUUUGUGCCAAAGCAAGGCAGCAAGAUUGAUUAUGAGUCAUUGGCUGUGGGAAACCUGCCGGAAGUUCGGCAUAUUUUUGCAAGAGUUGUGUUUGAUACCAUAUAUCCGCUUAGUCUAAAUCGUGACAAUUUUGAAACAUGAAUGCUUGUUUGUGAGAACAAUUUUAAAAUUUUUAUAAAAGUAAAUCAUGGGAAUUUUUUUUUUCU